UUCAACGAUAUCAGUAAAUACGACGAUGUGAAAGUAUCAGAACUUACGGUCAAGAAGAAGGGAGAUUGGAUCCUUGUGGAAUUUAAGCUAUGUUUGGUUAUGCAAGAUGCCAAAGAAGGUUACCUUGAAGAUGAACUUAAAAAGUGGAAAAAGUUUGUUAACGAAAGCGUUACAGAAGUCGAUUUUGGGGCGUCUGGUGAGUUAAUACUGGCACUAUAUAUAUAUAUUAGACUUAGAAUGAAGAUGACGAAAGGUACGGGAAUACAAUUCAUUUACACUAAAGUUAAAACAUGGUUAAAAACUGUUUAGUUAAACACGGUUUAAAAUUGUUUCCUUCAUAAAAGCUGCUAACUGACUUAAGUUGAUUGCUAAUUUAGUACAAAUUAGACAACUUCUUGAAUUUCAUUCUAAUCCUGUAUGAAAACCUGUGUGCCAGUCAGUUUUCCGUGUCUGUUUUUCUUUUUUUUUAAAAAAAAAAUGGUUUAAACAUGUUUCGUUGGUGUGAAAUGAGCAUAAAUGAAGAUAUGACCAUUAAAAGACUUCAGGGCUUCGAACCCAUAUCUUUUGCAUUAGCGCUGUAGUGCCUUACCAUACAUUGGGAUCAGGCCAAUUUGUCGAGUCCAUCUUAUCCCGUGAAAAGAAUGCAUGAAGAAUGAAAAUGAUGUCAACUGCGGGAUUGAAUUUGUAUUAUAAUAACAAGAUUUAAAUAUAUCCACGUUUUAAGAUAUGGUUUGUUCCUUGAGCGGGCAAGAUAAAGCAAUGCCAUGUUCUGCUGAUUGGCUGUCCGAGGAGGUAAGAUGGACCUAUCUUCUUCGUCCCGCGGGCAAAGAUGUUGUUUUAGCCAUAUGAUAAAUCCUUUAUUUAUCACCAAGAGCUUGUUCGGCCAAGAUGGCUGAAUAUUUGUGCUUUUUGCAUGAUCUCAGUGUGAUUGAAUCCAGCCAACUUGGCCUAAGGUAUGAUCGCAAUAACGCAGGUAUCGUGUACAAGUAACUUGGUCACCACUAUUUUGAGGGUAUUAUCUGCCGAGGCGGAUAACACCUUCCAAGGUUUGCAUCAUUCUUCAAAUCCUACGAAAGCCGAAUCGUAUAAUUGUUUUGUUAUUUGUUCAAAAUAAUUCCUAGUUUAAAAAGAAGCUAACACAUGCUGACCUCGGUCAAUGUUAUUUCCCCGUCUUUGUUCGUCUGUUUCUCGGCAAGUUGACGAUAAAAUAUAGAUUUAGCCAAAGCUAAAAGCGAAGCGUCCAUUUGUAUACUUUUAAUCACUUAAAACCAAAAAACGAACAAGCUUCAACCUAUGCAAAUCCAGAAAUUUUUUACUUAACUAAUUUUAAAACAAAAAGAGAAAAUUAUAAAUCAAAUCCGAUCACAGUAAUUGUCUUGGAAUUGUCCUGUCCCCAAACGUGUGCAUCACUGACCCUAGCCCCCCCAACACCACACCUCUUUGAGAAGCUAAUGGCCCAUGAAAUUCAGUGUUUUAUAAAGGAAAGGCUGGUUGUCAUUCACGAAACCUUUUGGCUGCGCCCAGUUCACAGUUUAUGUCUAUAGGGCAAUCUCCGUCUUUAGGGAUUCUACCCAAAUGGUUAAUUAGGCCGGUUUUUGUGUUUAGAAUAUGUUUUCUUUGCAAAAUCGGACCGACAAACCGUUUCAUGUGAACUACCUUUAAGAUUAUUCUUCACAAUAUCUGAAACUCAGUAACCUUUACUGUCAGUUAUACUUUUUGUUUCCUCUGCCGAUCGAAAAGACCCCAUCCUCGAAGACCCAGGGGCAGUCAGUCGGGUCAGGAUAAACGGCGGGUAAAGAUAUCAAGAUCGUCCAAAAGAGCCCCGGAGAUCCUACUCUAAACGAACCAGUUUUGACCAAGUGGGGGAGUAGACUAGGUUUGUUCCUGGAGUGUGACCAAAAGCGUGACCAAGCAAAAAGCAAAGCUUUAGAAAUUUAUUCCCGCAAAUUUUGUCUUACGUCGAACACAAGAAACUUCAAUCUAGAUUUUUACUUGCGCAACUCCUUUGGUUGUCCCUAAAAUGGUUAAUUUUGCGCCAAAAAGAAACGCAACGUACACGGGACUCCAUUCCCUACCAUACUGCGUUUUUACCCCUACUACUUCUAGAGGCUGUACGGAUGGUCGGUACCAAAUUUUCUGGCAUCGAUAAGCUACCACUUUCUAUAGCUUCGAGCGCGCGGACGCUCCGCGGUAAAGAGAUGUUUAGUCUACGAGAUUUUCCUCAAUGAAUAGCAAAUGUCAUCCGUCGAGUUGCAUUCUUGCUAAUAUUUUAGGCAGUAGUUCGGCUAUGCGUGUGAAAUGUUCCACCAUCGUGUACUACAUUACCGAAACAACGCAACCUUAGUAUUUCCCGGGCUUCUCGGUUGCCAUCCCUUUUUCUUGCGAUUACUCCGUACUAUUCACGUCAUUUUCCGGAUAUUGCAAGCGUCUUCCGAGCUGGUCAAUGCCAGCUGGUUAUGAAGAAUUAGUCGUUGUAUUGGAGCCAAUCAGCAACGGAGAUAUAUUUUAAAUGAAUAUUACCAUUUCUUAUUUUGCAGAGGUAACGCUUACAAAAUGGAAAGCCAAGGCAAACGAGUGCAGUAAAUGUCCAGGCGUUGGACCAUUCACUAUUGAGAGAGAAUGUAAACCCAAAGAAGCUAAAUACAGUUGCAAUGGUGUAAAGACCAGGAUGGAAUCAGUCGACUGUUUAGAAUACUGCAGCAAACCCGCGUCAGGUAUGAUAAAAGCCCAAGACUUUUUGUACGGGUUUGAGGAGUGGGAGUGAGGGAGGAUCGAUCAUGAGACGAAGUGAAUAAAUAUAAAUAAAUAAAUAAUAAAUAAUAAAUAAAUAAUAAUAAAUAAUGAUGAUUUGGAGGUAGCACAUCCACAAAGUGAUUCUUCAUCUACCUGAUUACUGGUCCAACUGCAAUUUGAAAAUGCUUGUUUUUUAGGAGAGGGGAAAACCGGAGUACCCGGAGAAAAACCUCUCGGAGCAAGGGAGAGAACCAACAGCAAACUCAACCCACAUAUGGCGUCGACGCCGGGAUUUGAACCCGGGCCGCAUUGGUGGGAGUUGAGCGCUCUCACCACUGCGCCAUCCCUUGCUCCCCCGUAAAACGUCAAAGUCACGUGUUUCAUGAUACCACGUGGUUUUCUGCAUAAUGACCUGAAUGGCCUUUCUAGAUGUAAAAAGUGGAGGCGGAGAUACUUAUUUGAAUGAACUCUGCUGUUGAGAUUAACGAUUAUUUUAUAGCCUUUGUCACUAGUUCGUUUUUGUAGGAAUAGCAAGGAGAGGUGACAAUUUUACUUUUAGUUUCCCAUUUUUCUUAUGUUACUUCAUUUUAUGUCAUUAAGUGCACCGAGACCAUAAAAUAAGCAAUGCAUUCAGAAGAAAAUGCCGGUAAUCACCGUUGCUAUGGCUACAAUGCCUUUCGCAGCAAAAAAUAUUGAAGUGAAAUUGUUUGGUAUUUCAUCGGUGUUCAUAUACUAAAUAGAUCAUCACAUGGCCGCUCGGAAAUCAUAGGAAGUUUAUUUUCUCGUGGAGAAAUAUUAUUUCGUAUCUGUGAGCGGCCAUGUAACAUCCUUUAUAUACGACAUUAAGUCUCGUAACUACUCACAUACAGCCGGGGACCGCAGUCUGCAAGCACUUAGUUACUAAAAGCAAGUAAUAUUCCUCUGUAAAUUAUUGACCCGGGUACAGGUCAAGCAUAUUGAUUAAGUAAACGAGCGAGCUCGUCGUCAGGGUCUUAAAAAACGACGACUGCUUGUUUAUAACGACGGUAAAGAUAAGUAUUAAAGGCCAAGAUGUGCGACUAGAUCAUUCCAUUUUCUGCUGGUUUUAUGAUAAAACGGUCCUUAAAAGUUUGUCGUUGAACAGGUUCUGUUGUAGUGUAUGUAGUACUACGUGGACAGAAGUGAUUGAAAGCGAUCCCCAAGUGUUUCCAUUUGUUGGUUGGACAAUGGAUAAUGAUGUAAGGGACUGCAUUCAUUGACCAACUCACUCGCUGACACAUUCUUUACAUAACUGUAAAUAAACAGCACAAUUAUAUUAUAAAUUAGACCGAAAAUUCAACCGUCUCUCCUCGCUUCUCGCCGCUAGCAAAGGGAGGUUUCGCGGGAGAGACGUCUGCGCCACAAAUUCCAUUGUAGUGACGUAAAAUCUGUCCAGAAUCUGAUUGGUCGAUUUAUAUUCUUUUACCUAUUGUUUACGAAUGAUAGACAAAAGACAAGACAACGGUCAAAUGUAAACGCGAUGAAUCUACUGCAAAAUAGUCAUUUUUCGUGUAAUGUAUUCUUCGUUAGAAGAAGCAUUUGAGUUUUGCUACCGCUCGCAGGAUUCAAAACUUUACGAUACUAAACCAGGAAAACUUAAACGUGUGCAAAAUUUUACAUACCACCAGAUCGGUUUACAAAAUACCAGAAAAAUUAUGUAAACAUCGAUUUACGUCAUCAGUAUAGAAUUUCUGUCGUUGAGGCGCAGACGUCUCUCCCGCAGAAAGUCUCAGACGAAGAGGAGCGAGGAGAGCGGGCUGUAUUCGCAGGCUAAUGGCAAAGUGAACUUUUCAGGUGCCCAGAAGAUUUCGCCGUUUGACGUCGUACUGGGAAUCCUCCUGGCUUUCAGGUAACUCCAUCUUUAGCCUUCUAUCCAUUUUAAACAACAAAGAAAGAGGAGGGGCUAGGAUAAUUAAACAAUCACUGAAGGGGCCUAAGUAAGACUUGAACAGUUAUCUGCCAAGGUCAAAAGGGGCCAGGCCGAUGUAGCCUGCAUGACAGGCGGUUAUUUUUUCGUCUUAAAAUUUUUUCAGGCGAGCAAAGGAAAGCGUAAAGCGAGCGAGGAGCUCGUGCCUUCCCUUGUUGCGCGUGUUUGGCGCUCCUCGCGCGCUUCGCAGUCUCCGGUCUGAUUGACCUGAUGCUAUAACAUCGCCAUUCUUAAAAUUGAUCAAACAGGUCAGUAACCACAGUUUAAUACCAUCAACUGACGUGAUGCAACUCACUUUGACUCUGAAGAUAACUACCGCACUGUUUGUCGAAACGACAGUCAACGUCAACAACAGUCCUGUUGGGGACAGCGCUCACCCAGACGAUCAUGUUCAACUUACUUAUGAAAUCAUGACUCCUGGAUUAACCUUUCACAAACAGUUCUGUACUGAUCUGUAG